AUGUUUUUGAAUAUCGAGGAGGGUUCUUUCUUUCUACGCUCCUUUGUGCACUUGAAUUUUCUCUCGCUUUCUAUUUCUUUCUUUCUUUCUUUCUUUCUUUCUUUCUUUCUUUCUUUCUUUCUUUUUACGCUCUUUUGUGUACUUCAGCUUCUUCAUUCCUUUCUUUCUUCCUUUCUUUCUUUCUUUCUUUCUUUCUAUUUUCUUUCUUUCUUUCUUUCUUUCUUUCUUUCUUUCUUUCUUUCUACGCUCCUCUGUGUACUUAAGUUUUCUCUCACUCUCUAUUUCUUUCUUUCUUUCUUUCUUUCUUUUUACGCUCUUUUUUUGUACUUCAGCUUCUUUCUUCUUUCUUUUCUUUCUUUUUUCUUUCUUUCUACUUUCUUUCUUUCUUCCUUCCUUCCUUCCUUUCUUUCUUUCUUUCUUUCUUUCUACGCUCUUUUGUGCACUUCAGUUUCUUUCUUUCUACGCUCUUUUGUGUACUUCAAUUUCUUUCUUUCUGCCUUUCUUCCUUUUUAUGUUUUUUGUGUACUUCACUGUCUCAUUUUCUUUCUUUCUUGCUUUCUUUCUUUCUUUCUUUCUUUCUUUCUUUCUACGCUCUUUUGUGUACUUAGUUCCUUUCUCUUUUCUACGCUUUUUUGUUACUUCACUUUCUCACAUUCUAUUCUAUUCUUUCUUUCUUUCUUUCUUUCUUUCUUUCUUUCUUUCUUUCUUUCUUUCUAA